UUCUCCACUGGCAGCCAUUUUGUUUUUGCAUCAAUAUGAUGUCCGUACGGUCUCUAUUCUCCACUGGAAGGAACCUCCUUCGCUCCACGAGCUGGAGAGGCGUCCAGGGAGCUAGAUUCAAGUCAUCUACUUCCAGUGCUGAGGUGUCGAGCAUUAUAGAGCAACGGAUCCUGGGGUAUGAGGAUAAGACUGAACUGGAAGAAACUGGUCGGGUUUUGAGCAUAGGAGACGGUAUCGCUCGUGUUUAUGGACUAAAGAACAUUCAGGCAGAGGAAAUGGUUGAGUUUUCUAGCGGGCUCAAGGGUAUGGCUCUUAAUCUUGAGCCUGAUAAUGUGGGUGUGGUCGUGUUUGGUAACGAUAAGUUGAUCAAAGAAGGAGACAUCGUGAAAAGAACAGGAGCUAUUGUUGAUGUGCCAGUAGGAGAAUCAUUGCUUGGUAGGGUAGUGGAUGCACUGGGCAAUCCUAUUGAUGGAAAGGGUCCUAUCACGUCUGAUCUAAGGUCUCGUGUUGGUACCAAAGCCCCUGGUAUUAUUCCUCGUAUCUCCGUUAACGAGCCCAUGCAGACUGGAAUAAAGGCUGUUGAUAGUUUAGUACCAAUUGGGCGUGGGCAGAGAGAACUGAUCAUCGGUGAUCGACAGACUGGCAAGACAGCUAUCGCCGUGGACACCAUCAUUAACCAGAAGAGAUUCAACGACGGACAGGAUGAAAAGAAGAAGCUCUACUGUAUAUACGUAGCCGUGGGUCAGAAGAGAAGUACAGUUGCUCAGCUAUUAAAGAGAUUCACUGAUGCCGAUGCUAUGAAGUACACUAUUAUUGUGAGUGCUACAGCUUCUGAUGCUGCUCCACUCCAGUACCUUGCUCCUUAUGCUGGCUGUGCUAUGGGAGAGUACUUCAGGGACAAUGGGAAACAUGCCCUCAUCAUUUAUGAUGAUUUAUCCAAGCAAGCUGUUGCCUACAGACAGAUGUCACUGCUCCUAAGGCGACCCCCAGGACGUGAGGCUUACCCAGGUGACGUCUUCUACCUUCACUCUCGUCUCCUUGAGAGAGCAGCCAAAAUGAAUGAGGACUAUGGAGGAGGAUCACUCACCGCACUACCUGUCAUUGAGACACAGGCUGGAGACGUGUCUGCUUAUAUCCCAACUAACGUAAUAUCUAUCACUGAUGGACAGAUAUUUUUGGAAACAGAGUUGUUUUACAAAGGUAUCAGACCAGCCAUUAAUGUCGGUCUGUCUGUCAGCAGAGUGGGAUCAGCAGCUCAGAUCAAGGCUAUGAAACAGGUUGCUGGUACCAUGAAGUUAGAGUUGGCCCAGUACAGAGAAGUUGCUGCUUUUGCUCAGUUUGGGUCUGAUCUUGACGCAGCUACGCAGUCCCUCCUCAACAGAGGAGUGAGACUAACAGAACUACUGAAACAAGGACAAUACGUUCCAAUGGCCAUAGAGGAACAGGUAGCUGUUAUUUAUGCCGGAGUGAGAGGAUAUUUAGAUAAACUGGACCCAGCUCUAGUCACAUCUUUUGAGUCGUCGUUCCUCGAGCAUCUCCGCUCCUCACAAAAGUCCCUUCUUGACACGAUUAGAAAUGAGGGACAGCUCUCGCCAGAGACAGACGAGAAACUCAAACAAGUUGUUCUCUCGUUUAUGGAGACUUUCACUUCUACAGCUGCCUCUUAGAGACGUGGGCUUUAUUUAGAAACUGUAACUAUAUUACUAGUUAAUUAAUUAAUUAAUAGGACUAUUAAAAUUAUUAAGACGCUGUGCUUAUCUAUUAUGAUGUAAUUAGUAGGUUAUGGAAUUAGUAUAUCUCAGUAUA